AUGACCGAGGCAUCUGAAAAUGCCUACCUGGUGCGGGUGCGAGCGCAGGUGAUGUGUCGCGACGAGGGUACGGGCGGGUGGGUGGCGCUGGGGGGCGGCGGACUCGCUGACGUUAUGGUCGGCCGCCGACCGAGACACUCCGGCGCCGGUGUUGAUGACAACUCCGACACGACAUCUGCGCCUGCGACCGCACUUGCGCACGAAUAUUACAUACACGGGAAACGAAUCAGCGACAACAUGGUGGUGUUAGAAUGCACUAUAAAGAAGGAUUUCCAAUACAAUAAGGUGAUGCCAACAUUCCACCACUGGGUGACAGACGAGAAACGUUUCGGGCUCACGUUCCAGACGGCAGCUGACGCUAGGGCUUUCGACAAGGGUGUUAGAAACGCCAUUGAAGAGUUAUUAGACGGUCUGGGUGGGGCGUGGCCAUCACUUCAUGCGUACAAAAAACUGUAUCCAGCACCCAAAGAAGAGGAUGAAGAACAAAAUAUAUUCGAGUGUCUGAACUUGCCGUCGGAGUCGCGUUCGAGCUCUGAGAACUCAACAGCGAGCCGCAGCCGACGUGACGAACUGACGCAAACACCAAUCCUCUCCGCCAUCACCUUGCCACGACAUAGACCCGAGUCACUGAAACAUUAUGAGGGGCAAUACGAAGAGAAAGGUGUGGACGACUCGGAUCCAGACCGUUGUCCAUAUGUUCACCUCUCGGCGAUCCACGACUACACAUACCCUCAAGUCGGUUCAACGGUGAUCAGUUCUGAGAAAUCCUCGCCCAACACAAAACCGCCGUUGCUCAAACGAGAUUCUGGGUCUAUAAAGAAGAUGUGUUCUUACGCACCACCACCGCUACCAGAUAAGAAACCAGCAGAGACUUUUCAAGCGAGGCUGAAGUGCAGACAUUGUCACGAGUGGUAUUUGGAGAGUGCUAACAGAGCGGGGGCUUGCGAAUUCGCUCCGGAUUGCUUUAAGUCUUGCAUCGACUGCACCAGCUGUAUCAAAUGUGCACAGUGCAUGGUGUAUCACUGCAUGUCGGACGCGGAGGGAGAGUAUGCGCUACAUCCGUGCGCAUGCGCACCGCCCACGCACGCGUGCGCCACACGCUGGGUGGGAGUGACACUUCUAAGUUUAUUAGUACCAUGCUUGUGGUGCUAUCUCCCUCUACGGUGUGCUCAUCGCGCCGCUCGCGCAGCGGGAUUAGCAGGCGGCGCUCAUGCACCAAGAGACUAG